AUGGGCCAGUGUGUCACCAAGUGCAAGAAUCCCUCAUCAACUCUGGGUAGCAAGAAUGGAGACCGUGACCCCAGCUGCAAGUCACACGGGAGGCGGGGUGCAGGCCACCGUGAGGAACAGCUGCCAGCCUGUGGCAAGCCAGGUGGGGAUAUCCUUGUCAAUGGGACCAAGAAGGCAGAGGCUGCUACUGAGACCUGCCAGCUGCCAACAUCCUCAGGAGAUGCUGGGAGGGAGCCCAGGUCAAAUGCCGAGGAGUCUUCCUUGCAGAGGUUGGAAGAACUGUUCAGGCGCUAUAAGGAUGAGCGGGAGGAUGCAAUUUUGGAGGAAGGCAUGGAGCGCUUUUGCAAUGACCUAUGUGUGGACCCCACGGAAUUUCGAGUGCUGCUCUUGGCUUGGAAGUUCCAGGCUGCUACCAUGUGCAAAUUCACCAGGAAGGAGUUUUUUGAUGGCUGCAAAGCAAUAAGUGCAGACAGCAUUGAUGGGAUCUGUGCACGGUUCCCUAGCCUCUUAACAGAAGCCAAACAAGAGGAUAAAUUCAAGGAUCUCUACCGGUUUACAUUUCAGUUCGGUCUGGACUCUGAAGAAGGGCAGCGGUCACUGCAUCGGGAAAUAGCCAUUGCCCUGUGGAAACUAGUCUUUACCCAGAACAAUCCUCCAGUAUUGGACCAGUGGCUAAACUUCCUAACAGAGAACCCCUCGGGGAUCAAGGGCAUCUCCAGGGACACUUGGAACAUGUUCCUUAACUUCACUCAGGUGAUUGGCCCUGACCUCAGCAACUACAGUGAAGAUGAGGCCUGGCCAAGUCUCUUUGAUACCUUUGUGGAGUGGGAAAUGGAGCGAAGGAAAAGAGAAGGGGAAGGGAGAGGUGCACUCAGCUCAGGGCCCGAGGGCUUAUGUCCCGAGGAGCAGACUUAGUGGCUCUGUCUCAGGAGCAGCAGCAAGGAUCUGCCCGCUGCCCUGCAGCCAACCAAGGAAUUGGACCUUUCUGGAAAUUACUGAAGAUCCGGAUAUUUUCUACUUUACACCUUUCUCUGCCUUGUAUCUGAAAGGGCUCUAAAAUGCUGUAUCAUGUUUUAGGCACUUUCUUCACUUUUUGGUUAUUUUGGUUAUUUCUUUUUUGGGGGGAGGGUCCCCCAAAAUAUUUGAACCUGGCUACAUGUUGUGUAUCUUUUUUUUUUUGAAGCCUUCAGAUAGAAUAAG